CGCGAGGGGCGCGUGGCGCUGUGGGGUCACGGAGCCGGGCAGUAGGAGGGGCGGCCCGGAACUCUGGCGUGGUAAAGCGCAGGCAGGCGGGCGGCCGGCGGGGCUGCCCGGCGCUGGUGUCCCGGCGAUGUGUGGCGCUGAAGCGGCGGCGGGAGCGGCGGCAGGCUCGGCUUCUGCUUCGCGGCGCUGUCGGCGGCGGAGGCGGAGGCGCAGGCUUUUCCUUAGGACCUGGCGAGCCCGGGCCUAAGCGGCCGCCCUGUGAGACCAAUACACAGCGCCCCUAGCCGGGGCCCUCCCCGCCUCGCCCUGCCCCGGGAGCCUUCCUCCCCGGCAGGGGAUGAGGCUGAGAGGCGGCAGUGCGGGGCCCAACACAAAGGCCUGUCCUCAGAGACCGCCGCUGCCGCUGCUGCCGCCUGUCUAGAGCCGCCCACCGAAGCUGGGCCAGCACCGGGGCCCUCAUCCCCGCCGGUCCCCAGGGGAGGCUGCUGCCUGUCUCCUCUAGGGCCAGGCGCCCCAGGUCCGAGCCUUUUGCUCCCUCGGCCGCGGGGAGACCAGGCAGCUGCGCAUCCUCUGCCGCUCCUGCCUGUGGGGGCCCUGCGGAGCAUGUCCGAGGAGAGCGACAUGGAGAAAGCCAUCAAGGAAACUUCCAUUUUAGAAGAAUACAAUAUCAAUUGGACUCAGAAGCUGGGAGCUGGAAUUAGUGGUCCAGUUAGAGUUUGUGUGAAGAAAUCUACCCAAGAACGAUUUGCACUGAAGAUUCUUCUUGAUCGUCCAAAAGCUAGAAAUGAGGUACGUCUGCACAUGAUGUGUGCCACACACCCAAAUAUAGUUCAGAUUAUUGAAGUGUUUGCUAACAGUGUACAAUUUCCUCAUGAGUCCAGCCCCAGGGCCCGACUCUUAAUUGUAAUGGAGAUGAUGGAAGGGGGAGAGCUAUUUCACAGAAUCAGCCAGCACCGGCACUUUACAGAGAAGCAAGCCAGCCAAGUAACAAAGCAGAUAGCUUUGGCUCUGCAGCACUGUCACUUGUUAAACAUCGCACACAGAGACCUCAAGCCUGAAAAUCUGCUUUUCAAGGAUAACUCUUUGGAUGCUCCAGUGAAGUUGUGUGACUUUGGAUUUGCCAAAGUCGAUCAAGGUGACUUGAUGACACCCCAGUUCACUCCUUACUAUGUAGCGCCUCAGGUACUAGAAGCGCAGAGAAGACAUCAGAAGGAGAAGUCUGGCAUCAUACCUACCUCACCAACGCCCUACACUUAUAACAAGAGCUGUGACUUGUGGUCCCUAGGAGUGAUUAUUUAUGUGAUGCUCUGUGGUUACCCUCCUUUUUACUCCAAACACCACAGCCGGACUAUCCCAAAGGACAUGCGAAGAAAGAUCAUGACAGGAAGUUUCGAGUUCCCAGAGGAAGAAUGGAGUCAGAUUUCAGAAAUGGCCAAAGAUGUUGUUAGGAAGCUCCUGAAAGUCAAACCAGAGGAAAGACUCACCAUCGAGGGAGUGUUGGACCACCCCUGGCUCAACUCGACUGAGGCCCUGGAUAAUGUGCUACCCUCUGCUCAACUGAUGAUGGAUAAGGCGGUGGUUGCAGGAAUCCAGCAGGCUCAUGCAGAGCAAUUGGCCAACAUGAGAAUCCAGGAUCUGAAAGUCAGUCUCAAACCCCUACACUCAGUGAACAACCCCAUUCUGCGCAAGAGGAAGUUACUUGGCACCAAGCCAAAGGACAGUGUUUAUAUCCACGACCACGAGAAUGGAGCCGAGGAUUCAAAUGUUGCUUUGGAAAAGCUCCGAGAUGUGAUUGCUCAGUGUAUUCUCCCCCAGGCUGGAGAAAAUGAGGAUGAGAAGCUGAAUGAAGUAAUGCAGGAAGCUUGGAAGUAUAACCGGGAAUGCAAACUCCUAAGAGAUACUCUGCAAAGCUUCAGCUGGAAUGGUAGGCAUCUUAAUCACUCCUUUCCCCAGGAAUGCAGAGAAUUGUUUACAUUUAGAACAUGUAGGAUUUCUUUGGGGUCCAAGCUGGGGCUGGUUUCAAGUGAAGUAAGCCUGGCUGGAGAGUGAAUAGAGUAUUGUGAGAUGGGGGUUAGCUCUACAUUAAGUCCAUAGGCAUAUAUGGACAUUUGGCCCUUUCACAUGUUUUCCAGAGUUCAGGUGAAUUAUGUGU